AUGAAGGAGUUACAGGUCAAGAAAAAGCGCAAGAGCGAGGACAAGGAGGAGGAGGUCCUCCGAUUGAAGAGGAGAUGGAGGGAGGAGGAGGAGGGGGUCCCGGAUGUAACGUUCAUCAUCGAGCAGCUCUCCCUGAAGAGGUCCGAGGGGAAGAUUCCCACGGCGGCUUUCCUACGCGUCUCCAGCUUGCUCCUCCAUGUCAUUGGUUAGUCCCUAUGCCGUGCCGUCCCCCACACCACCCCCGAACCCUCUCUCUCUCACUCUCUCUCUGUAAACCUUCAUCGAUCUCUACUUCUCCCCGAUAAAUAAUGGGGGAACAGAUGACUCUGCAGUUAUCGUUCCGGCUUUUAAUCUCUCCUCUCCCCCCUCCUUCCCUACCCGAUCAUCCGCAACCUCCUGGGCGAGGGGCUUCCUCUCCCCUCGUGACUGCUGUACCUGCUGGCCUCAAAUGCCGACGAGGCCUUGCGACCCCACCUCUCUGUCCGGUUCCGGAGAGAAGAUGGGUGAGGAUGGGGCUUCCAUCUUAAUGCUCUCUGCUCCCUCCAUAUGCCCUUCCAGUCGCCUUCUUCUGCAACGCUCCAGCCGUACUCUUCAUCUCUCCCGGCGAUGAUCCUCCUCUCUCUCUUCACCUAAUUCCCUGGUGCAAUCUCCCCCCCCCCCCUUUCUCUCUCUAUCUCUCUCUCCUUUCUACUCUUCUCGAUCGAACUUUCAGAAGAAUAGCGCCGGUUCUUCGUGUGGCUUACACGUUCUCGCGUGGGGUUUGGGCAGAUCAGAUUGGACCGACCAUGGUGGUACUCCGAGAGGACAUCCGGCGGAACAUCCAGGUAUCGCGUCCGUCCGCCCUCUUCCUUCCAACAUCACAUCCAAGAGGGGGGAGUGGGAAUCUGAUGACCCCCACGUGAGCAGCUUCUCAGCCGUAGAACCUCGGUCCCACCUACGGUCAUCAUUGACUGGCCCACUAUCAUACUUUCAACCCCUAACCCCCCUCGGUGGACCACGCCGAUAAGCUCAUCGUUUACUUUUCCUGGUCUUCCCGUCUUCGCAGAGGCUGGAGAGCUCGUACAUGGCUGACCCCUUGGCCAACUCUUGCCUGGCAGAGAUAAUAAAGAAGGAGGUGGAUGCGGGCGCCGCAAGGGCAGGCGAGAGCUCUUCGCGAGCUGUUCUGUGGCUCACCAGGUAACGCGUCAAUGCUGGGGGCUUAGGGUUUUCCCCGGCGCCUGCCUCUCUCUCUCUCUCUCUCUCUCUCUCCUCUCAUUCUCUUACUACUUUCCCUGCUGUGGUCUCUUCUCAGAUCCAUGGACUUCAGCGUAGCCCUCGUGGAGGGGCUGGAGGGCGACCCAGAGGCGAGCCUCGAGCGGCUGGUGGAGGAAGCCUACGAGACCACCCUGAAGCCGUGGCACGGCUGGAUAUCCACGGCGGCCUACAAGGUGUGUACUCUUUCGCCUGCGACCUGGUUUUCUCAGUCUGUAGAGUGACUCCGAGCAGAAGAUGAGAGGGUUGCCUCGUUGCAGGUGGCUCUGAAGCUCGUUCCCCACAGAAGAAAGCUCGUGGAGCUGGUCGUCGGUGAAGGGGAGGAUAGCGACUCUCUGAAGGGGGGCAUCCGGACCUUGGUCUCCCUGCUGCGGCCUCUUCUGAGCGAGAUCCACGUUCUCCUGGUAAGUUCUCCCUGGUCUUCUCUCUUCACCUGCAUUCUCCUCUGUAUGCCCCGGCAACACGAGUGGCAACUCAACAGCGUCCUCUCCGUGGUCAUUAUUUGCAGGGGGAGUCUCGCUUGGACAGGCUGAAGUCUGCGUAG